AUGGAUAACAUUAUCUUUUGGAAUGCUCGAGGGGCUGGAAGUGAUAAAUUUAGCUCUGCUAUUCAAGAUUUAGUGAAAAUGCAUAAAGUUGAUGUUUUGAUUAUAUGUGAACCAAGGGUUCAAUUUGCAAAAGCAAAAAAACUUCUUCUAAACUUAGGAUUUUCUGAUUUUGAAAUAAUGGAGUCUGAGGGCUUCUCUGGUGGUAUAUGGAUGCUGUGGAAUAAAGUUAGAGUGGAUAUUGAUGUUAUUGACUCUACUUUUCAAUCAAUUACUGUGAAAGUGUGUGGCGUUGGCAACCAACAUUGGCUUCUUUCUGGAAUCUAUGCUAGCCCUUGCAAUACCUCUAGAAGCACUUUAUGGCCUUAUUUGGAUAAUUUGAGACGUCAACAUGCUCUCCUAUGGGUCUUACUUGGAGAUUUUAAUGAACUGCUGUCUUAUGCGGACAAAAUCGGUGGUGCUCCUAUAAGACGAUUUGGUGGUUUUCAAGAUUGGGUUUGCAGAAGUGGUGUGAUAGAUAUGGGCUAUCAAGGUGCCGAUUAUACUUGGGCUACUAGCUGGGUUAAGGAGAGAUUGGAUAGAAGUUUUUGCACUGAUGAAUGGAGGGUCCUAUAUCCUGAUGCUUGUCUUGUUCAUCUUGCUAGAAUGAAAUCAGAUCACUGCCCUAUUUUGCUCAGAUUGAAGCCCGAUAGCAGACAUACUAGAAUUAAUACUCCUUUUAGAUUUCAGGCUAUGUGGCUUCAACAUCAUAACUUUUGCAAUGUUGUGACUGACACAUGGAAUGGUACUACUGGAAAUGCUAUAGAAAAAACCAAGUCACCUGCUACAACCCUUUCUGAUUGUAACAGGGAUGUCUUUGGUAAUAUCUUUAGAAGAAAACGAAGAUUGUUGGCAAGAAUUUGUGGAAUUCAGAAGAAUUUGGGAAGGAACAAUAACCCUUUUCUGCAAAAUCUUGAAAGAGAUUUGAUUUCCCAGCAUGAUCAAAUAAGGGAUGCGGAGGCUAUUUUUUGGAAGCAAAAAUCUAGAGAGAAAUGGUAG